AUGAAAAAAGGAAAUGUGAAUGACUUCCUGGUGUCUCUGGGCCAAUGGGACCUGAAAGCGACGGACGCCGGGGAGAAAAUAUUCGCAGUUGAGAAAGCCCUCGCGCACCCCAACUACACGGGAGACGUCUCCGACGGCUUCGACGUGGGGCUCCUGCGACUGUCGUCGUCAAUCGCGUUCGACCGAUACAUCCAGCCGAUAUGCGUGCCGCGCGGUGACACCGAGAAGGGAAUCAAGUGCCAGAACGCCGUCGUCUACGGAUGGGGUCGGCUUUCCACCGACGGCGAGAUCCCUUCGACCCUGCGGAAGGCCGAGAUGACUGUCACGUCCCAGUCCAAGUGCAAGCUCAAGGGCAUCAUCACGGAUAAACAGGAUCGAUUCGUCUGCGCCAAGGGGGCCGGUAACGACAACAGUGCCAUCUGUCUGGGUGACAGCGGAGGACCGUUGGCGACGGUGUACAAUGGGGUCUACUACCUGACGGGUGUCGUGUCCUACCUGAAGAAGUCCUGCGGCUUGAAGGGCGUCCCCGACGUCUUCUCCCGGACCUCUGCCUAUGCCGAGUGGAUUUCUGCAAAUGCGAAAUAGUGCAAUAUUGCGAGCGUGAUGCCUGAGGGCGAGAGCUUCGGGGGUCGAUUGCGUGAAGACGGAACGGCCAUUUUUUUGCAUUGGGUAGGACGUUCUCGAAUACAAUUCCAG